AUGGAAGAAACCAAAUGGAACACAAGGCUCGGUCUGGGGUGGGCCGAGGGCUUAGUGGCCGUCCUCUUUUUCCUCCUCCUCCACUACAUUCGCCACCGCCACAAACACCUCAUAAGCUGGCCCCUCCUCCGCGAGCUCCCCUCCAUGAUCAUCAACUUUCCCCGCACCCACGAAUGGGGCACCACCAUCCUCCGUGCCGCCGGGGGCACCAUUGCCUUUCGUGGCCCGAUCUUCACCGGCAUGCGCGUCGUCCUCACCUGUGACCCCUGCAACGUGGAGUACAUCCUCAAGACCCGCUUCUCCAACUUCCCCAAGGGCCCCGACUUCCAUGAAAUGUUUCACGAGCUUAUGGGCGACGGCAUUUUCAACACCGAUGGCGACGAGUGGCAGGCUCAGCGGCGCACCGCCAACGCUCACGUCCACUCCAAGGCCUUUCGAGAUUUUGUCAAUAAAACCAGUCACCAGCUCUCAUCCGAUCGCUUGGUUCCCAUACUCAGGAAAGCAGCGGUAGACGGUGCGGUGAUCGACCUGCAGGACUUGACAAUGCGCUACACGAUGGAUGCAGCAUGCGCAGCAGUGUUCGGGGAGGCAGUGGGGUGCCUGGCACCGGAGCUCCCACAAGUUCCAUUUGUGACGGCCAUGGAUGAAGCGCAGCAGGCGGUCGUGGCAAGGCAUGUCUUGCCACACAAAUGGUGGAAGGUGAUGCGCUGGCUGGGGCUCGGCAUGGAGCCGCUGCUUGCACGGGGCGUACACACCUUGGAUGAAUUUGUGGCCAACCAAGUUGCCCAAAAGAGGCUCGAGCGCAGCGGCGGCAACGGUGGCGACUUGCUGUCAAUUUACACGACUGAUGUGUCCGCCAAGACCGACAACUACUUGAGAGACGUAGCAGUGAACUUCCUGAUAGCGGGACGGGACACCACGGGGGCGGCCCUUGCAUGGUUCUUCUGGCUCGUCAGUACACACCCUGAGGUCGAGGCCAAGAUCUUGGUGGAGCUCAAGGAGAAGGGCACUGAGGACCUACGCGAGCUCCACUAUCUCCAUGCCGCCUUAUCGGAGACCCUGCGUCUGUACCCAUCCGUGCCAUUAGACCACAAAGGUGUGGUGAAGGAGGACAUAUUGCCUGAUGGCACGACAGUGAAACCAGGCAAUAUGCUCCUGUACAACAUCUAUGCCAUGGGGAGGAUGCACUGGAUAUGGGGCAACGACUGCCUUGAGUUUAAGCCAGAGAGGUGGCUCGGACAAGACGGAAAGUUUAUACCGGAGAGUGGUUUCAGAUACCUGGCCUUUAAUGGAGGGCCGAGGACUUGUUUGGGCAAGGAGGUGGCGUAUGUGCAGAUGAAGUGUGUGGCGGCGGCGGUGCUACCCUCCUUUGAGUUGCAGGUGGUGGAAGGGCAUGAGGUUUUGCCGAAGCCGACGGUGAUCUUGAUGAUGAAGAAUGGGCUCAAAAUGAGGGUCAAGGAAAGGGUGGCCGGAAAUUUGCAUUUUCCGGCGAAAAUUAUAAAUGUGUAAUGUGUAAUGGGUAAUGUGUAUAGCUGGAUACUCGAUUAUUCCGGGUCGGGUCUUCUUUAAGACUUCCUAAAAAUGUCUUAGGCCAGUAUGGAUGUCAAAAUAUAAAACCUUCCCAUUGAAAAAAUUGUGAGUUUUUAAAUAUUGUCAUCUCGCAUGGAAAAAUUUGUAAGAUUUUUUCAUCCUAAAUUAAUAAAUAUUGUCAUCUUUUUCUAUUA